AUGGGAACUGGUGGCGUCCCGUUCUUGGUGACAGUCCGAAGAACCUUCUUUUUCCUUUUGACCAAAAAGCUGAUGUUGCAUCCUGCUGUGAAAUAUUCAGUUUACAGAAUCACUGGUACCGUGCCAAAGUUCUUCUUCCUCAUUUUCACUGUGUUCUUACGAUUCCCAGGAGUGUUCUUGGGCCUUGGCCUGAGUGGUGUCAUUCCCACCUUUCAUUAUGUCAUCUCGGAGGGCUUCCUGAAGGCCGCCACCAUAGGGCAGAUCGGCUGGUUGAUGCUGAUGGCCAGCCUGUAUAUCACGGGAGCAGCCCUGUACGCGGCCCGCAUCCCCGAGCGCUUCUUUCCCGGCAAGUGUGACAUCUGGUUUCACUCCCAUCAGCUCUUCCACAUCUUCGUAGUGGCUGGCGCUUUCGUUCACUUCCACGGUGUCUCAAACCUCCAGGAGUUCCGCUUCAUGAUCGGCGGAGGCUGCAGUGAAGAAGAUGCACUGUGAUACCUGCCGGUGGCCGGGGACUGUGACCCUUAACCGGGGCCUGCGGUGCCUGCAGGGCUCCCUCACUGGCCGGUGACGCCAGUACCGGAGGAGCCCCAAACCCUGGCAGCCUCGUGGGCUUUGUGACGCCCCAGGGCUCCGGGUGGUCCGCGACUGGGAAGAGAAAACAAAAAUAAAUCCCACCUCAGAGGUGGAGAAGAGGAGAGACGACCCAGACCCUGCCUUGUUCUUGGGUCUGCUGAGUGAGGGCGCUGUGAGACCCGGGCAGCCUGGCUUCUGAUCCGUGUCCUGCUUCUUUGUAGAUGUCGGGACAGUUUAGCUGGAGGCUCAUUCUUCUCCCUCCUCUCUCCUGCAAACAGUAACGCAAACCAGUUUCGGUGAACAUUUAUAUCCUGUAAGGGGUGGGGUGUGCUUUUGGGAGAACAAAGAAAUUAAUGUAAAUAAGAUUUCUAACUUACUGUUUAAAUAAAAAUUUAUAUAAAUGUUUAAAACAUAGGGGUAGGGGAGGGAGGGACGAUUUUUGUAUAGAAUGAAACAUGCAAGUACCACACACUGUUUCAAUUUUGCACAAGUGACUGCAGGAUGAUCAGGUGACAGCCCCAGAAUGUAUAAUGCCUUGUGCACCAGGGUGCCUUCUGAAGGCUGGCAUACCUGGGGGCCCUGGUGGGGCAGAGCCUACGGCCCGGCCCGGCAGUCGCGUGGCGGCUCUCGCACCUGAGAGCCCUCGGGAGCCCCGAGGCGGACAGGAGCAGUGUGCGUUUUCUCAGUGGAAACAGCGCGUGAAAGGCUAACGGGAUGUGUUAGAUGAAGGCUCUAGUGACUGUGUCGUUAGAGCCACCUACUUGGGGAAAUCACUUAGGCUGGCGGACGGGCGGUGGAGGGGGCGCGGUAGGCCCAGGGGCCCAUCGCAGUGCUUCCUGGCGUCCUCUUCAACUUGGUGGCGACUUGGCUGGCUGCCAGGGGUGGGGCAGGGGUGAGAGUGUUCCGUGUCUUUGCUGUGGAGCUCUGGACCACCCCGUACGUUUUCUUUUCCUCCAUGAAAAUCACCGCCCUAACUACCCUUCCUCCCCCCGGGAAUAAAAAUCGACCUUUCCUGGCAUCAUAGUUCCUGGCCUGGAGCCAGCCACAGAGGGGUUCCAGGUGCCCCUGACACAUUUACGUGGGUGAGAGAGCGUUUGCCUGCGGCGCUGUCCUGGUGACCCUGGGUGGCAGGUGCGUCAGCUCUCCACGAACAGGAAAGCCAGCGGCAUGCCCCUAAAACCGAGCCCACUGCCCCGCCAGUGCCUGAGCGGCCAGGACCCCAGGACCCCACUUUUCAGGGCUAGUGUGGUGGCGAGUCUUACAAGCAAAUGCUAUGUUAUUGCCACGGGGUCUGGCCAGAUCCUGGAAGCUGUUACGUCUUUGAAGAGCUGCUCGAAGUGCAAAAGGCUGCUCGUGUCCCAGAGGUGCCCUGUUAGGAUGUCAGAGGGCGGUAGGGGAGGGUCUGAUUCACAGAAUCCUGACCUGGGCUCAUGGGAGGACCAUCAGAAUAGCCCUUGAGUCCAGUUACUUACUCUCAGCCAAGAUUUCAGGUGAUUAAGUUACAUCCUCGGGGGGGCGGGGACUAGAAGUGAACAUCGAGGCCCCGAGCAUGGGGGCCGGCGGCCUCCAGGGGGUGUUUGGGAGUAUGGGAAGGGUUUCCUAUUUAUUCAGUAUGGGGUUUUUCCUUGGUUAUACUUCUCCUUUCUCGCCCCUUUCCCAUCUCCAGCAAAAGCUGGGAGCCAGGACAAAAGAAUCCAUUGAAGAACUUGCAAAGAACUUACGAGUGUUUUGCUUCUGAGUGAGGUCACUGCCCUGGGUGCUGGGUGGGCUCAGCGAAAGACUCAGUGGGUGAGCUGGUGCCGUGCCCGCGGAAGGACGAGCGGUGUCACUCCCCUGGGGAAGGCCAGCCCGGCGGGGCAGGCCCGCCCGGGAGGAAGCACACUUCGCUUCAUGAAGCAGCAGCACGUAUCGGAAGCCACGCUUGCUCUUCGGUCACGCACCUCGGGGUACAGGGCGUGUGUCUGCACAGCCCCGUGGCACCGCCAACAGAAGCGGCAGUCCAGGGCCCGGUCGCCCCGCACUCCAAAGGAGGAGUGGAGUCUGGCUCAACGUAGCACAAACCCUUAGGAAAAUGAAGCAAGCACCACUCAGACGUCCUCCAGGAGCAGCCCCCGCUCUGGGGAGCGUGGCGGCGUGUUCGCCCAUCCACGGGCGUGUCUGCAGCUCCUGCCCCGCCGUUCGCGCACGUCUCGGCUCGCUGAGAACUCUCACAGGUUGGCGCCUGGAUGCCUUACUCUCAGCAGGCAGAGGCUUGCUUGCUCUGUGCAGAUUUUAAUUUUCUUUUUGGGUCCUAGGCUGGUUAGGACCGCUACAGCUUCAUCCUUUCACCGUUAAAUAGUGGCCUUUUCAGUAUUUUCCCCCUUACCGUUUAUAAGUUGCUGAAGCCACAGAGCACAUUUUUGGGGAUCGUAGGGGGUUGGGAUUCCAGAAGGGCGUUUAUGUGAUGGUUCCACUCACCAUGGGAGUUCCCUCCUUGCUGUAUUGCUCACCUUCUAAUAAAAAGAACCAAAUGGAACAUGAA